AGUGUGUGAUGGAUGUGUAGAAAACCCAGCAAGCUGAAAGAGGAAACCAAAAUGCUCUGUAGCCGUGAGAUUUUCAAGUUUUUAGUGAGGAAAGAUGUGAGGAAGAUACUGAAGCGGAAGGACAGCGAUGCUGGCGAAAGAGGGAAAGCCCUUGAGGACCUGCGAGCCUCACUCUUUAACAAAUUCUACUCACUCGAUAGUGCCAAGCAUCAACGAACCUGUGGCCCUGUUGCUGCUCUUACAUUCAACUUUAUGGUUGCUGUUGGCAUCAUUUUCAUAAACAAAUGGGUACUUAAAAAUGUAGGAUUCGAGUUUCCGGUAUUUCUGACUUUUAUUCACUAUGCUGUCAGUUGGGUGCUGAUGGCCAUCUUGCAUUCGUUUUCCCUCCUCCCGGCAUCUCCACCCACAAAAUCAACCUCAUUGUCUUUGUUUACUCUUGGUAUUGUUAUGUCUUUAUCUACUGGUCUUGCAAAUGUCAGCUUGAAAUACAACAGUGUAGGAUUUUAUCAGAUGGCUAAGAUUGCUGUCACGCCAUCUAUUGUCCUUGCAGAAUUUAUAUGGUAUCAGAAGAGGGUCACUUUCUCCAAGGUGAUUGCACUGACGGUUGUAUCUAUUGGUGUUGCAAUUGCUACGGUAACUGAUCUCCAGUUCAGCCUCUUUGGAGCAUGUGUAGCGAUGGCAUGGAUUAUCCCUAGUGCCAUCAAUAAAAUCCUUUGGUCCAACUUGCAGCAACAAGAGAACUGGACAGCAUUGUCGUUAAUGUGGAAAACAACACCGAUCACUCUGCUGUUUCUGGUUUCUAUGAUUCCUUUCCUUGAUCCCCCGGGUGUGCUCGCCUUCCAUUGGAGCUUCAACAAUACAUCGGCAAUCCUCUUAUCAGCUUUUCUCGGCUUCUUGCUUCAGUGGUCGGGGGCUUUGGCACUUGGGGCAACGUCUGCCAUCUCCCACGUGGUUCUCGGACAAUUCAAAACCUGUGUUCUGCUUCUCGGAAGCUUCUACCUCUUCGGUUCUAAUCCAGGCACAACCAGUAUUUGUGGAGCGUUUAUAGCUAUCGGAGGCAUGUCCCUUUUCACGUACCUCAACUUAAAUGCUAAGAAGCAACCGGCACCUCUGAAAGUUUCCUCCGCUUUACCCAAGUCCAAAUUCAGUGAAGGUAACGGAGAGAGCCACCAUGGAAACGGCGCCGAUAGUGUCUAACCGAAACGAUUCUACGUGGAUAGUAUUCGACACAAGAUGCUAUUAAUCUAUUUAACCAAACCCUUUGCUGCUCUCCGUAACCUGAUGGUUUCGAUGUGGCGCAAUGGAUUAGAGUGUGUUUGCAGCUUUGUUUAUGGGAAGUGGAAGCCUUAGCAGCUUUUGCUUAAAGAUGU